ACUGUACUAUAGUAUUAUUGCAACUAUUAGUUUUACAUCCGGGUAACCGAAAAGGCGUUACGUACAAGUACAGUGCAAGUUAGCCAAAGUAUGGCGGCGAAUAGCGUAUCUGCGUUCAGUGUUUACAAGCAGCAGAGGUCUGCGACUGAUUCAUCGUUUUCUGCAUCCACGUCUUCAAUUGAAGGUGGUCUCAGUAAGUCAAUGGAGGAAAUACUGCAGAAUGGUCAAAGUCAAAGAAAGAGCGAGGGAGAGAGACUCACUCGUAAACGAAAGCGACAAAACGGCAACAGAACGCCACUACAGAAAUGUCUCGAAAAAAUGAUUGCUAGGAAAUACGCGAACAGUGGUGUAGAGGCAUCUCCUAUUCUAGCAGGCAGCGUUGACGUCAUGAGUCACGUGAUAGACAAGACUGAGAGACAGACACAGAAGCUUCUUAGUAAUGAUAAGAGAAAGAAGAGACAAAAGAGGACAGUGGAUAGAAAUAAAAAUGGAAAGAAAGAUGUUGCAAGCAAGAAACCAGCAAAACAAGCAAGAACAAAAGCAGUAGAUCACGUGUCAUCUAGAAAAGAUGCUGCAACAAAACCGGAAGUUGUGGCUAAGAAAGGUCUCGAUGAAAGUGAGAUGGAUGAAGAAGUUGCAUCUGACGAUGGAGACAGUCGUGUACGAGCGAGGAAGAUGUUUGAAUGGAUGAUCAGUCCUGUUAGAGUUAUGAAGUUUUUCCGAGAAUUGUGGGAACAGAAACCACUUCUAGUGAGACGACAUCAACCUCAGUAUUACAACUUAGUCUUCAGUACAAGAGAAUUAGAUCGAAUACUCAGAGAGGAAAAUGUUGAUUUUUCUGUAAACAUUGAUAUCACUUUGUAUAAGGAUGGUCAGCGGCAAACUCUUAACCCAAAUGGAAGAGCUCAUGCUGCAGUUGUGUGGGAUUACUACAAGCAAGGCUGUUCUGUGAGGCUUCUUAACCCUCAAACAUACAGCAGAUCGGUUUGGAAGUUAAACUCUACUUUACAACAGUUUUUCAAUUCGUGUGUUGGAGCCAAUGUGUAUUUGACUCCUGCUGAUUCACAAGGAUUUGCACCACAUUAUGAUGAUAUCGAGGCAUUUGUACUGCAACUUGAAGGGAAGAAACAUUGGAGAUUAUACAAGCCAAGGAGUGAAGGGGAAGUGUUGCCAAGAUAUUCAAGCAGAAACUUUAGUGAAGAUGAGAUCGGCUCACCUGUGUUGGAUGUAAUUUUGGAGGCAGGUGAUAUGCUCUACUUUCCACGUGGUUUUAUCCACCAGGCUAAGAGUCUUUCUGAUUGUCACUCACUUCAUAUCACUGUUUCUGCAUGUCAGACAAACACUUGGGGUGAUCUGCUUGGAAAGCUUGUUCCAGCAGCUUUGAAGUUGGCAUUUGAAGAGGAUGUAGAGUUUAGAAAAGCAUUGCCGAGAGAUUAUGUUGAUUAUAUGGGAGUCAUGUACUCUGAUCAAACUAGUACAAAGAGAUCUACUUUUAUGCAUCAUAUUGAACACUUGAUGACCAAACUAUUCUCAUAUGCUCCCAUAGAUGCAGCAGCAGAUCAAAUGAUAUUGCAAUUUCUGCACGGCAGCCUUCCUCCUAUUCUCAGUGCUGCUGUACUGUCUCAAACCGUUCGUAGUUGUGGACCUCGUUGUAUAUCUCUCUCUUGCUUGUCUGCAUCAACACAACUGGCUGCUGACACAAACGUUCGUCUUCUUCAACACAAUAUUGCAAGGCUUGUAGUGGAAGAGGAUCAAUUGAAAUUGUAUCACACUGUAGAUAAUUCACGGAUAUAUUGUGGCAAAGAGCAGCAGUUUAUUGAAGUAACAGAAGAGGAGGCAAUAGCAUUUGAGUAUCUUGUGCAUCAGUAUCCACACUAUGUGCGUGUCGGCAGUAUGCCUCUACAUGUUGAUAAGUCAAAGGUGGAGUUUGCUACCUUGCUGUAUCGACAAAGCAUUCUAAUUACUGAACCGAAACAAGAGUUAGAUGAGGAAUUUGUAUGAUACCCACUCAGGAAUGAGUAUCCUACUUUUGCUCAUCUGAGACUGCACACUUGAACAAAGCACUCAUUGAAUUUAAUCAUUUGGAUC